GCCGCCGCCGCCGCAGCGUGGAGACCGGAUUCCCGCGGCCUGGGAGCCAUGCGCCGCGGUCGGUGAUGUCCGCGGAACAGGACAAGGACCCCAUCGCGCUGAAGAGAGUCCGAGGUGGUGAUAGUGGACUGGAUGGGUUAGGAGGACCAGGUCUACAACUAGGAAGUCCAGAUAAGAAAAAACGCAAGGCAAAUACACAGGGACCUUCUUUUCCUCCACUGUCUGAGUAUGCUCCACCACCAAAUCCCAACUCUGACCAUCUAGUGGCUGCUAAUCCAUUUGAUGACAACUAUAAUACUAUUUCCUAUAAACCAAUACCUUCAUCAAAUCCAUAUAUUGGCCCCAGUUAUCCUGGCUUUGGAGGCUAUAACACAUUCAGAAUGCCACCACACGUCCCCCCAAGAAUGUCUUCUCCCUACUGUGGCCCUUACUCACUCAGGAAUCAGCCACACCCAUUUCCUCAGAAUCCUUUGGGCAUGGGUUUUAAUCGACCUCAUGCUUUUAACUUUGGGCCACAUGAUAAUCCAAGUUUUGGAAAUCCAUCUUAUAAUAAUGUGCUAAGUCAAAAUGUUAAUAUACCCAAUCAACACUUUAGACAAAAUCCUACUGAAAACUUCAGUCAGAUUCCUCCACAGAAUGUUGGGCAAGUAUCCAACCCUGAUUUGGCAUCUAAUUUUGUCCCUGGAAAUAACUCAAAUUUUACCUCUUCAUUAGAAUCAAAUCAUUCUUUUAUCCCACCUCCAAACACUUUUGGUCAAGCAAAAGCACCACCUCCGAAACAAGACUUUCCCCAAGGAGCCACCAAAAGCACAAGUCAACAUUCCUCCACUCUUCCACCUCACUUAAAUAUGGAUGACACGGGGAGUCAGAGUAAUAUUGAAUUGAAAAAUGUUACCCGAAACAAUGUAGUCAAUCCGGAGAACAGCCGUUCAAGUAGCACUGAAGCCACAAACAACAGCCAUGCAAAUGGGACACAGAAUAAGCCACGGCCCCCCAGAGGUGCAGCUGAGGUGUGCAGUGCCGAGAAAAGCAAUAAAUCCUCCCUCCACCACAGCCGCCAUGGCCAUUCGUCUUCUGACCCUGUGUAUCCCUGUGGAAUUUGCACAAAUGAAGUGAAUGACGAUCAGGAUGCCAUCCUCUGUGAGGCCUCCUGUCAGAAGUGGUUCCACCGCAUCUGCACGGGGAUGACUGAGACAGCAUAUGGCCUCCUUACUGCGGAAGCAUCGGCAGUGUGGGGCUGUGAUACCUGCAUGGCUGACAAGGAUGUGCAGUUAACGCGCACCAGAGAAACUUUCGGCCCUCCUGCGGUGGGCAGUGAUGCUUAAUCACAGGCAGAACUGAAGUGGGUUCCCCCUGUGUAUUCCAGAGGCUCGGUGACACAGGAUUGAAAUACUUUACAUUAUUUUUUUAAAUGCACACAAAGACACUUGGUUACCUUUAAGUUCUUCCUAAUAUUCUACUUCAUUGCUAGUGCAUA